AUGACAUCCAAACAGCUUAGUGUGAAUACAAGACUGGCUGGCAUGGAUAAUAACAUAGAUGGAUAUCUGGGACGAAAAAUGAAACCAAGUCAUGGAGUCUCGCGCCUGACUCUUGGGGAGAUAGGCAAUCGUGUGUCUGCCAUAACUAUAGACACCUCAAAAGGUGGGGCUAUCAAGAAAGAAAUCUUGCAACCCGCUGAUGGAACUCUCAGUCAUGUACACAAUGCUAACAUUAGAGUACCGUCCACUGUCUGUGAUAUAUCUACAAACAGCCAACAUGGCAACAAACAGCUGCUUCAAGAUUCAAAAAUUCUCAAGGCUGAAACAGAUUUGGCCCCUGUCAAAGUUGAAUGGAUGCCUGACCACAAUUUAUUACCCAGCGUGUCUCGUUUAAUGGAACAUGAUGCAGCAUUGUUUGGAACCUUGACCCAUGAAGUGGCUCCAAUGGACAUUAGUGAUCAUGGAAUGGGUAUUUUUUCUCAGUCAGCUUUAAGUGAGCAGAUAGAGGACAUAGAUGCCGAGGACAGAGACAACCCACAGCUGGUCAGCAUUUAUGUGAACCCCAUAUAUUCCUAUAUGAGGCAGCUUGAGAAAAAAUACAGCAUCAGACAGAACUUGCUGGAUGGUUCAGAUAUUACAGGCAAAAUGAGAGCCAUCUUGAUUGACUGGCUUUGCCAGGUACACAACAGGUUUCAUUUACUGCAGGAGACAAUGUACCUGACUGUUUCCAUCAUUGACAGGUAUUUGCAGGCUAAACCUUGCAGCAGAACAAAAUUACAAUUGGUUGGAGUGACAGCAAUGUUGCUUGCUAGCAAAUAUGAAGAAAUGUAUGCUCCAGAAGUUGCUGACUUUGUUUACAUAACUGACAACGCAUACACGAAAAAAGAUGUUCGAGACAUGGAACAGGACAUCCUUCGCACACUUGAUUUCAGUUUUGGCCGACCACUGUGCCUUAAUUUUCUGCGGCGAAAUUCUAAAGCUGGACAGGUUGAUGCCACAAAACAUACACUGGCAAAGUAUAUGAUGGAGCUAGCCAUGGUGGAGUAUGACAUGGCACAUUUAAGGCCGUCCUACAUUGCUGCUGCAGCUUUAUACUUGGCCAUGCUUGUGCUAGAUGGCUCAGAAUGGACCCCAACACUGCAGUUCUACAGCUUUUACUCAGAUGAUGAGCUGCUUCCUGUGGUCCAGAAACUGGCACAGCUUGUGGUGAAAGCUGAAUCGAGUAAACUUACAGCAGUGAAGACCAAGUACUCAGGUUCAAAGUUCAUGAAGAUUGCUACAAUUCCCCAACUAAAGUCCAAAACCUUGUUGGAAAUAGCCACAUCUGGACAUGUGAAAACAUCAUAG